AUGAUCGUUGCGGCGAGUAGCAGGGAAGAUUGGCGAAAAGAGCUCACAGAAGAUGAGCGCCGCCAUCGCUCACAGAAAACUCUACUCGCGACGGUUCUCUCUCGGUGGGGUCGUCGCUGCGCAGGCAGCUCUCUUCUAGGGCGACGCCGCUAUGUUGAAAGAGAAGAGAAGAUGGAAAAAAAUAAAAUUGAGCUGGGAAUGGGAACCAAAAUACAAGCUAAUAAAUGCCUUCCACAAUGUUAUUCUGUGAUGGAUCUUGAUGGAAAUUCAAGCAACUGUACAAAGUCUGUAUAUCAGGACGACCAGAUGCUGAGAAAUGGGCAAUACCACCGUUUACCCAUGUCUGAGAAAUCAAGUAAUGGUUACUUCAAAUGUGACUUAAAGGUAGCGAAGCAAACAAUUCUGAAACAUGAAUUCAUAUUUAGAAAUCAGGUCCAAGAACUCCACCGGCUUUAUAAAAGACAAAGGGAUCUGAUGAAUGAAAUUAAAAGUGGAGGACUAGAUAAAGAUCAUAUCAAGGCAGAAAAGUCCAUCUCAAGCCCCCUUUUCUCUCCUGUUCCUCCUGAAGAUGCCAAAAGAAAAUGGGAUGUCCCUCAUUCUUCAUCAUUGUAUUCAGUGAUUGGUCACCUAUCAACAUCAGGCCCGAGUACUGCACAAUCUCCUCUAAGGUUUAUAGCGUGUAAGAGUGUUCCUGUUUGUCCCUCAUUCCAAGACACGGGAAGUUUGAAGAAUGUUGAACCUAUCACAUCUACGGGCAUGUUUGUGGAAAGAACAUCUGUUUCAAACUCUGUUGGUAAUCCUGGCAAUGUCAUGUGUCGUGUAAGGGCCGAUGGAUCUGCAAAUACAAAUUCAGGCUUCGAUGUUUCAUUACAUGAUUUCUUUCUCAAUUCCAUUAUUGGAAGGAGGAAAUGUGAAAGUUCUCGGAACGAAAAAGAGCCAUUGACAAAUGAUUCCAUUGCAGGGAAGAUGAAAUCUAAUGGUCAUUCUUCCAUUGGAAGCUUCAGUUUGGGUAAUUCUCCCGCAUCGUUCCAAUCAGUCCUAGCUGAGCCCAGAAAUGAAUUUUCAACGCAUUGCCGACCAGACGAGCAUAUUUCAGCAGCUCGGGGAAAAAAAACUCUUUUUGGUGUUGAAAUUUCUGAAGGAAAUGGCGGUCAAUUGGGUGCAGCUUCUAACAUGUCAAAUCAAAAUCACAAAACUGAUUCAGUCAAUUCCGAGUCACUGUAUGCCUUGCUCUGGACAAAGACUUGUUCUACCUCGGGCGCGAAAGUGAGAUCUCUUCAACAAGACCAUCGGAUUGUCACCUCUGAACAAUCCCAUUGCAUUGCUAAUUCACCAAUGCAACAGUUUGCUAUAGGAAAUGUGAAUGACCACAAUAGUGAAAGAGCAAAUGCAGAAAUUGACCCCUUAAAAUGUUUCAAAGGUUCAGACGGCACGAGUUCAAAGCUCCAAGAUUUCUUGAAGACGGAUUCAGAUCAGUCAGAGAAUUUUCAAAAGAAGGCGAUUCCUCAACAUAAUCCCAUGGUUACUGAUUGCCAAAUCAAUCAGGAGAGCUCCAAGGGAAAGCUACCAUGGUUUCUAAGAAAACCACAAUAUAGUGGUGAACAGACUAAAGAGAGGAAAAGUUCUUAUUUUAUGAAUAUCGACUCCUUGAAGGAUUAUUCUCAUCAAUUUUUCAACAGAAAUAAAAUUGCUGAUGACUCAGUGACUUUCAAUACAAAACAUGAAACCUCAGCACCAAUUGCUGUCGCAGAUACUGAGGUGGGCAGGAUAAUCAAGGUCAUUGAUAGAACAGAUGCUAAAAAUGUUCUCGGGUUUCCAAUUUUGGAUAUGUUCUGCACAUCCACAAAUAGCAAUUCUGGAGUUGGCAGUAAUAAUGCUGGAAAAGUUUUAGAAGACAAAGCUGUUCUGAUGAAUCAGCUUGAAACCGAGGAUUUUGUUUUACAGAAGGGAUUAAAUAACUACAUUUCUGGUUUGAGGCAUCAUAUUGAUUUGAACCUGUCUUUGGACGAAGAGGAGGCUCAGUUAGCAGCCACCGGAGCUAUUGUGAAAACCGCGACUACUGAUAAAGACUUGGAAGCUCCUACAGUUUUUGACACUGAUGACACAUCUCCGAAAAGAGCUGAAGUUUCGGUUGGAAAAUAUAAUGGACCUGCAGAAGAAUAUGUCAAAGUUGCAGCUGAUGCUAUUAUUGCCAUUUCAUUGUCUGGUAAGAAGUUUCUAGAGGAUGACGAAACUUAUGAACCUCUAGAAGCUGCAUCCAGAGAUUCCCUUAAAUGGUUUGCGGAAAUAAUUUCUGCUCAGUAUGGCGAUAACAAGAUCAUUGUUGAAGAACUUUCCCGAAAUCAGACUGAAGCCCGCUAUGAAGAGUCCAUUCCUGAUUGUAUGGAUUACUUUGAAUUUAUGACGUUGAAGUUGAAAGAUAUGAAGGAAGAUCACUGUCAUUGUAAGCCAAUAGUACUGGAUAAUAAGGAGGAUGAAGAGACGGCGGCUGCUAUAUUGCACAAAAGGCCUCGAAGAGGGCAGGCAAGAAGGGGGAGACAUGAUUUCCAGAGGGACAUACUUCCUGGUCUAGUUACGUUAUCUAGACAUGAGGUGACUGAGGAUCUUCAGACAUUUGAAGAGCUUUUAAAAGCUAAAAGUUGUUCAGUGGAUUCAAGUUUGUCACUGAGGAAUGCUACAAAAACUGUCAGGGGAAAGAAGCGCGCUACUAUAUCUAGAACGAAAAAGGCAGUUGGUUCGACCCAAACAGAGCAAUCUAUUUGUCGGGAACUGAGUCUAACUGGUUGGGGAAAGAGGAUAAAGCGUUUGCCAAGGCAGAGAUGUCGAAAUGUGUAUCCAAACCGUCCUUUACAAUGCGGAAAACCAAUGGAUUAA